AUGUCUAAACUAUUCAUCGGAGGCCUUGCAUGGCACACGGAAGAUGUCACCCUCAGACAGAAAUUUGAAGAAUUCGGCCCUGUAGAGGAAGCGGUCGUCGUCAAGGACCGUGAUACCGGUCGUAGCAGAGGUUUCGGAUUUGUCCGAUACGUGAACGAUGCGGAUGCCCAGAAAGCGAUUGCCGGCAUGAACAACGUCGAGUUUGACGGACGAGCUAUUCGCGUCGACAGAGCUUCUGACACUGGCCCUCGCGGCGGUGGUGGUGGACGAGGCGGCUCGUAUGCACCAAGGGGUGGAUAUGGACAACAGCCCCAGAUGCCAUACGCUGCAGGUCAACCAGUUGCAUACGGAAUGCCUGGUCAGAUGAUGUAUCCGCCUGCCUACGGACGCGGAGGUUAUCCACCACAGCAGGCCUACGGAACUCCUCCGCCACAAGGUAAAAAGAAACCGCACAAUGCUAAUUCAGAGAUUUCCCCAGGGGUUAUGCACCAUACGGCUAUCCAGACCAACAGCAAGGCCAACAAGGCCAACACCAGCACCAACAACAACCACCUCAGGGGCAACCUCCAUACGGACAGUAAGAGCCCGGCAGACAAGACAUCAGUCAACGAGAGCUCUACGGUGAAAUUUGAUCUUCUUCUAACAGAGCAGUAGCUUGAACAGCACCCUCUUAACGAAUACAAUCGAUAUUUGGAAGUCUAGCUUCCCCACAACACAUCAACAUUCAUUACUUUUAACGUCAUAAAAUCGAUUAUUCAUUUUUCCAUCGU